CGUAAUUUUCAAGAUUCUGGUAUAUAUGCCCACAUACACGCACAACCAAGUUUGACAUUAAUUCAAAUGGUACAGGAUGUGAACUUUUGGGAAUCAGUCUGUCCGAUUUACUUUGCAAUGCCUUACCUGAAAAGAAUGAAGGGGUCGAUUUUUGUGAGUGCAUCAGCUGGUUCACAUUUGAAUCCACCAGGAGUUAGCAUCUAUGCUGCAAGCAAAGCAGCAUUGCUCAGCAUCUACGAGACAAUGAGAGCUGAACUGGCUCCAGAAAUCUCCAUAACUACUGCAACUCUUGGUGUUAUAGAGCCAGAGAUGUCCAAAGGGAAGUACCUCGACAGAGAAGGAAUCACUCAAGUAAACUCAGAUUCGGCAAGUGUAAGAUACCUGGACCUAAUAAAGAUGUCAAAUUUCUUUUAUUAAGCACAAGAAUGCAAUCUUAAAUGACAUCAAAUGUAAACGGUGGUUGCGGAUGUUUGCAGACUUUUAUUAAUCAGCUGCCAGUC